AUGGGCUUGUCUGUUGUGUUCCUGGAUUUCUUCACAUUUAACUUGAAGCGGCCACAACAUGGGAGCAAGCCCAAGUGGACGUUUGGCUCCUGGGAUAAUCUGUUGGCGCUCGGCCGAGGGAUCCCAGCGGCCCUUGUCAUCAGAGAAGCCCAGUUGGAAGCUCAGCGCUGCCCUUCGGUGAACCUCCCUAAAACCCGCAGAACUUUUUGCAAAAAGUGCGGCAAGCACCAGCCUCACAAAGUGACGCAGUACGAGAAAGGCAAAGAGUCCCUGCACUCUCAGGGAAAUAGGCGAUACAAUCGGAAGCAGAGUGGCUAUGGUGGUCAAACAAAACCAAUUUUCCGGAAAAAGGCAAAGACCACAAAAAAGAUUGUACUGAGGCUUGAAUGUGUGGAACCCAACUGCAGGUCUAAGAGGAUGCUUGCCAUUAAGAGGUGUAAGCAUUUUGAACCGGGAGGAGAUAAGAAGAGAAAGGGCCAAGUGAUCCAGUUCUGAAUUUCAUUGUUUUCGUCUUAAUAGGAAGCCAUUCCAUUUCAUUCCUUGGUUUUGUGUUUUCUGUCUUGGAGAGGAAGAGGCUUGAGUAAAACCAAGUCUCAUAGUAUGUGAAGCUUUUCCCCUCACGUAGGAAAAGUUCUUGAGGAUGUGGCUGAAUGUUGUAACUUUAAUCAUCUACUUAAUGAGAUUUGUGUGUUAUGGAGAGAAAGCCCAGCUGGACAUUGGGGGGGGGGGCUAGGGUCCUUGGUUAUUAGUACUAUGGCUAAAAUAGUUACUGAUAGCCUGGAUUCCCAGGCAAAUUAGGGAUACAAAGUAAUAAAGAUAGGGAUAGCUAGCCCCAAUUUUAUAGGCUUUCAGCAAAUCCAAUUCAUCACCUUCAGGGAUUGCCCGGUUUUCAAAACAUUAAUGAAGUGGUUUCCUGUAUCUCUUUGGGUUGUUAGGAUUCUUUGUGGAGAACUAAUGAUUGAAUUGCUUGGUCAUUAAAGGGAUGACCUAGUAAUUGAAAACUCAUUGGUACCUUGUUUUCAAAGUAUCAGUCAAGUGACUUCCCAUAUCUAUUUGGGUUGAAUUAAUCCUCUAUGGAGAACUAAUAGCGAUUGAAAUAAUCUGAUCGUUAAAGGGAUGGCCUAUUAAUUGAAAACUGAUACUAUGUGUAGGGGUAGAUGGGAAUGACAGCUGGUUAAGACUUGGAACAGUAAAGAAUGGAGGUCAUUGUUGCUUUAUUUUACAUCGUUUUUUGUAUUACACAAAUCCAUAUUAGGCUUUAAGCCCUCCUGAGGGCAGAAUGUUUGUCCGUGUCGAUCUUUGUAUCUUGGCAUGGUGCUAGCACCGUGCCUUUCACACUAAAGGUGCUUAAUAAAUGUUGAGUCUUCCUAAUA